CACGGCGCGCGCGGAUGACGCGCGGCUCGGGGCGGCUCGUGGCAGUGACGCACUUCCCGCGGCGCCUCGGCGGUUGCAGCGGCGCGGAGGGUCCCGGCGCCCACCAUGACCCAGCAGGGCGCGGCGCUGCAGACCUACAACAACGAGCUGGUCAAGUGCAUGGAGGAGCUGUGCCAAAAGCGCGAGGAGCUCAGCCAGCAGAUCCAGCAGGAGGAAGAGGAGAAGCAGCGGCUGCAGGUGGAGGUGCGGCAGCUGACCGAGAGGCUGGCCCGCGUGAACGAGAACCUGGCCUGCAAGAUUGCCUCCCGCAACGAGUUCGACCGGACGAUCGCCGAGACGGAGGCCGCCUACCUCAAGAUCCUGGAGAGCUCACAGACCCUGCUCAGUGUCCUCAAGAGGGAAACCGGCAACUUGGCCAAGGCCACCAUGGCUGCGGAGCAGAAGGGCGGUGGUGGCAAGGACAGCUGACCAGGUGCCCCCCAAGAGAACAGCGGCCUCUAGGUAUCAGCAGCCGACCUCCGCCCUGGCCUUGGGUGACCUGAGGAGCCCUGGACGCGGCUGCUGGCCACGGCCCUGGCCUCCCGCAUGGCAGACCUGGGGAGGUGGGUG